AUGUCCGACCUCGACGUCGCGAGUCAUUAUAACCUGCCCUCGGAGUUCCCUGAUGAAUGGCCGGCGGCGCUGGAUGAGGCCGACCAGUCCGACCAGGAGCCCGUCCAGAAAUCCAAGUCGCGCAAGUCGCGGUACUUUGCGCUAGAACGCACCCCUAGUGACUGGCGGAGUAACUUUGGAUCUCGGAGAGGGAAAGAUGCCAGAGAAACCACGCAGAAUGAUGAGCCAGAUCCACUGGGAGGAGGUGACAGUAUUCUCCGCACUCUGAAGAGCCGUGGAAUACGCCUCGAGGAUGACGGGGGCAAACGGUCUCGGUUCCUACUCUCAUCGACGUCCUUCUCGCCCGCUCUGUUCCUCUCCCAGGUCCAUCAUGAUGCUUCGAUUGAAUCGCUUGUGGCUGGUCUGGAGAACCUGUCGAAUUCCAUCGACGAAAAGUCAGCGUCGCUGAAGGUACUGGUGGAGGCGAACUUCGAGCGCUUCGUCCGCGCGAAAGCAACUAUUGACAGCGUAUACACUGAGAUGAGAGAUCAAGGAGCGACGAAGGAGCAAGCGUUGGCUCCUCGUCGUUCGGGACACUUCCGGAAUUAUUCAGGCCAACACCGGAGCAUAUCACCUGCUCCUGUGGUAACAACUGGGCCCAAGAAGAACGCACUGACCAAGGAGAGCGAAUACGGUAUGAAAGGCAUCCGUGGCCCUCUGGUCGAAGCUUCAGUAAAGGCCGAGGAAGUUUGGGGUCCUGCGCUAGGAGGCCGAGACCGCGAGCAGAUGCUCAAGUCGGUUGUGGAAACCAUGGAGAAGCAACGUGAUGUAUAUGAGAUUGGAAGUCACUUGUCCAAGUCCAUCCAACAGCGCGAUUAUGAUUCAGUCUUUGAACAGUAUACCAAGGCUCGGACUCUAGCAAACCGGGCAAAGAAUAUUGUGGAGCAGGCCUCCAGCGCUCAACGGCAAUUGUCCGACCACGAAACGCAUACGAUCUUGGCCAUGGGCCGGAUGUGGAUGGAUGUUGAUCAGCAAAUCCAAAACUUCAAGCGGGAUCUCUGGAGACGAUUGAGUGAUGCACCCACGACGUCGACGACUAGUACAGCAUCCGGUCCUGUGGAGGAGCACAUGGAGCUGAUUGGAGCAUUGUUGGAAUUGGGUGUUGAAAACAACCCUAUCUGGACCUGGCUCCUCAGCCGUUACGAAUUCCUCAAGACCAAGAUAACAUCAUUCUGUGAUCGAUGCAAGGUAGAGAUUGAGAUUUUGCGGCGAAGGCUGGCGGGAGGAGAGAAACCAUCGCCCCAGGCCACUGCAUCGUAUCUACGUCUAGCUCCACGAGAUGGAUCGGUAGAGAUACCCGAGCGGCUAGACACUGAUCAGGUCAUUGAGCUUUGGGAUUGCGUCCAGGCUUUCCUUACUCGACUCCUGUCGUCUCAGAGUGGGUUGCUCGGCGAAGUACUCGACUUCUGGGAGGUAGCUCAAUCCUUCAUCGAUGGUAGCCGCCAAAGACUCCUUCCUGUCGGCUUCGAGGGCGAGAGCCGCAAGCACCACCGGCUUACCUCUGCCAAUGUGACGCAACUCGAGGGAGGUAUUGUGGAGCUGGUGAACCUCAUUCGAGAGAAUGUCUUGUCUCUGUUCAAUGAGCCUCCAACAGAGGACAUUUCCCUCCUCUCCUCUCCCAUUCCACCCAGUCCAACAAGUCCGGCCUCGCGGGGCGUCACACCUACCGAAUCCAGGUUCAAACUGGACCCGAAGAAUCUGCCCAUAUUAGCUCCCAAGAAGGGAGAGCAUUGGGAGGGCUAUGCAUUCUGGCCGCCUUAUUCCAACUCUCUCAGUGGUGUCCACUAUCUUAGUAAAUUCCUCGUCAUUUUGGGCACGGCUGCCAGUGAGAUGGCGGCACUAGGUCCCGUCAGCAGCGCAGGACCAACAAAUGAUCAACUCAAGUCUCUUGUCAGCAUCGCGCGGGAACGUUCUGCUCGCGUAGCAUGCUCUGCGUGGAGCAAGGACGCAGAGAUUUGCAAGAUGUUAGAGGAUUGGACUCGCGAUUCGGAGAAACGAGAUCUGACGAAGAUGCCUGGCUUGUUUGUGGCUUUCGAGAGUGCUAUCCUUGGAGGUAUGCAGAAGAUUCUGUACAUCUCCGAAGCAAUGGCGAAAUCGGGCUCUAUUGAUGUUGUUACCCAACCGCCUGCCAAAUUGCUUCAGAUGGUAAGGGCACAAUUUGUGUCCAGUGUCUACAAGGCACUUAGCGGACUGGUUGAGAAUGCAGAACGACUCGCGCCCUCAGAAGAGGAGAAUGAAUGGGUUAUUUCUAGACCGGUCAUAGCCAGCCAGGCAGUCGAUGCAGCUCUGUCGGUUCUCACUGCAGACUCCGUCGAUUCCCGCAACAGGAAUGUACGGAUUCUCCUUACACUUUCGAACCUCAAGGCCCUUCAGGCCGAAUAUGUGCCGCAGUUGAUCGCCAACUUCGAGACGUCAUUCUCCGUCAAGUUGACGGAAGAAGGCAAAACCGUUCGGGACGUCCUGAAACAGAUCGAAGACCGACUCUUCCAGUCAUACACUAAGCCGACUAUUGCUACAUUGAACGAGACCAUCACCACAGGCAUUACCGCGUCCGACUGGGUGCCUGCCACCGACCGCCCAGAUCAAGUGCGCCCUUACGUCUACAGCACCAUGCUCACUCUGGUGCUGGUGCAUACCGAGAUCUCGACAACUAUUCCCUCCACAGUAUCACCAAGCUCCAGUCGCUCAUCGACAAAUGCCCCAUCAUCGCUUCUAGCCACCAUCUUGACACACCUCCUGGUAGAAGUGUCGUCGUCCUUGCUUGCAGCGUUCCGCUCUCGGCCCACUUUCUCACUGGCUGCCUUGAUGCAAGCCACGCUGGAUACCGAGUUCAUUGCGCAGACUUUAUCCCAGUACUCUACCGACGAAGCGUCCAAUAUCCAAAGCCAAAUCUAUGUAGAAUUGGAUCGCCGUACCACCAACGAGGCCCGCACCAAACUCCAGUCCGAACUGGGAGAGAUGCGAGUUGUGCUUAAACGCCUGCGAGACCGAACGAAGGGCGAGUUUGCCUGCUUUAAGAAGCCUCGAAGUGGAGGUUCCAAGUCCUCCGCUUCGACAUAG